GAUCAGAUCCAACGGCCCACAUAUCUCACCUCCGCUUAGUAUUUAUUCAUCGCUACUGCUAGGGAUUAAACUCUCUCCAUCCUUCUCGACUCAAUUGCCUCUGUCUUUCUAGGGUUUGCUUGUGUUGCCCAAAGCUUUCUUCAGCUUUCAACAUGGUUCUUCAAAAUGACAUUGAUUUGCUAAACCCACCGGCGGAGCUUGAGAAGAAGAAGCACAAGCUCAAGCGCCUCGUCCAGUCCCCUAAUUCGUUUUUCAUGGAUGUGAAAUGUCAAGGCUGCUUCAAUAUAACUACUGUUUUCAGCCACUCGCAAACUGUGGUGGUGUGUGGCAAUUGCCAGACCGUAUUGUGCCAGCCUACAGGUGGGCGUGCCAGACUCACCGAGGGGUGCUCCUUUAGAAGAAAGGGAGAUUAAGUGUUUUUAGUUCAUGUUCUUUGCUUGAUCAUGGUGGGAGAGAUUUUAGUUAGCCAUUACUUGUUAAAGGGAUUGAAGUUAAGUAUGGUUUUGUUUUUCCUAUGAUAUGUUGAUUUUGGUUCAGCUUUGUUAAGCUUUGAAUUUACUUCUACUGUUGCAAUUUUUGUUUCUUAAUAUGGUGGAUUUUUGUUUUCUAUAUUAAAAGCAACGUGUUUAUUGUUUUA